CCUCACUCUUCCAUUUCACUUCAAGCUUUAACGACAUGCGUUCAGUCGUCGCCUGCAUUGCCGUCGCGCUGUGCCUCGCUUCCGUUGCGCUUGCACAGAACCGCAUCGACUACGCCCUCGAGUUCAACGGCGAGUGGAACAACCAGACCGGCACGAUCACGUCCAAGGCACUGUCGACCACCAUCAAGACGCUCAUCGAUGCCACUGACGGCUUCACGUCGACCACCAGUACUCUCAUUGGUGUCGCAGCCAUCACGACCGCCAGCAUCACCGAGUACAAGACCAACGGCGAUGGCACGGCCACCUACCGCCAGACUGGCAACAUUACCUUCUUCUCGAACGACCACAUGCUCUUCUUUGACGGCUAUGGCACUGCCGAGCCGCUCAACACUGACGGUCUGUUCAACGGCGCUGCCGUUCUCCGCAUCCUCAACGGCGCUGGUGCGUUCUCUGGUGCCAGCGGCUUCCUGACCAACAACCUUGUUGCUCAAGUCGAUCCCGACCAAAAGCAAAUCCUUUCUUACACCAACCUCCAGGUUGCCCAGGUCUGGAUUCCUGGCAACUUGACCAUGACUCAGUAAACAGCAGCAAGUCUGGAGGAGACGAGUCCACCUUGUCCACCGUUUCCGAAUUGCCUCAGCCGUUUUGGUUGGUGUUCCUUGCCACGUUGUUGUCAAUACACACUCUCCCC